AUGAGAGAUUUAUGUAAGCAGCUGCUGCCUCUGUCCAGCAGUCUGCACGCAGGAGUGAGUCAACUGGCCUGCCAGGGGCCUCCUGGAGGUUUUGGAGGGCCCGGGGCUGUCGGUGGAGCAGCUAGAGGAGGAGAGGUGAACAACCUGGUGCGCAUGAGGAGCCAGGCCCUGGGACAGUCUGCUCCAUCCCUCUCUGGGCUGAAGGAGCUGAGCCUUCCCAGAAGAGGCAGUUUCUGUCGCACGAGCAACAGAAAGAGUCUGAUUGUGACAUCCAGCACCUCCCCCACCCUGCCACGACCACACUCACCUCUGCAUGGACACACAGGUACCAGCCCACUGGACAGCCCUCGCAACUUCUCCCCCAACACAGCUGCACACUUCUCUUUUAUUCCUGCACGCAGCCACGGACACAGAGCUGACAGGACGGAUGGCAGACGCUGGUCCCUGGCCUCGUUGCCUUCCUCUGGCUAUGGCACCAACACUCCCAGCUCUACUGUCUCGGAGACGCUGCACCAGCUGCCCUUCCAGCCCACACCGGACGAGCUGCACUUCCUCACCAAACACUUCAGCUCUGAGAGCAUCACGGACGAGGAGGGACGCCGCUCCCCUGCCAUGAGGCCUCGCUCCCGCAGCCUCAGCCCCGGGCGCUCGCCUGUCUCCUUUGACCAUGAGAUUGUAAUGAUGAACCAUGUGUACAAGGAGAGGUUCCCCAAGGCGACAGCUCAGAUGGAGGAGCGACUGGCCGAGCUGCUCUCGUCCUCAGCCCCGGAGAAGGUCUGCCCGCUGGCUGACGGGGUCCUGAGCUUCAUCUACCAUCAGCUGAUAGAGCUGUCCAGAGACUGCCUGGAGAAAAGCAGAGAGGGCCUCAUCACCUCCCGCUACUUCUACGAGCUGCAGGAGAACCUGGAGAAGCUGCUGCAGGAUGCUCAUGAGCGUUCAGAGAGCAUGGAGGUUACCUUCGUCACACAACUUGUCAAGAAGCUGAUGAUCAUCAUCGCUCGACCUGCACGCCUCCUGGAGUGCCUGGAGUUUGAUCCUGAGGAGUUCUACCACCUGUUGGAAGCGGCAGAGGGCCAUGCCAAGGAGGGCCAGGGCAUCAAGUCUGACAUCCCCAGAUACAUCAUCAGCCAGCUGGGCCUCACCAGGGACCCCCUGGAGGAAAUGGCGCAGCUGAGCAGCUAUGACAGUGGGAACCCGGAAACCCCAGAGACUGACGAGUCAGUGGAUAGUCGUGGAACCACUGUGCCAGCAGCGCCACCACAGGCUAAAACCAAAACUCCUCGAGAAGAGGACUUUGAAAACAUCAAGCUCAUCAGUAACGGCGCCUACGGUGCUGUGUUCCUGGUGCGUCACAAGGAGACCCGGCAGCGUUUCGCCAUGAAGAAGAUCAACAAGCAGAACCUGAUCCUGAGGAACCAGAUCCAGCAGGCCUUCGUGGAGCGAGACAUCCUGACGUUCGCUGAGAACCCCUUCGUUGUCUCCAUGUUCUGCUCCUUUGAGACUAGGAGGCACCUCUGCAUGGUGAUGGAGUAUGUGGAGGGUGGAGACUGUGCCACACUGCUGAAGAAUAUAGGAGCCCUGCCGGUCGAUAUGGCCCGUAUGUACUUCGCCGAGACCGUCCUUGCAUUGGAAUAUCUUCACAACUAUGGCAUCGUGCACCGAGACCUCAAACCAGACAAUCUUCUCAUCACAUCGAUGGGACACAUCAAGUUGACAGACUUCGGUCUUUCCAAGAUCGGUUUGAUGAGCUUGACCACAAACCUGUAUGAAGGACACAUAGAGAAGGACACCAGAGAGUUCCUGGAUAAACAGGUGUGUGGCACUCCAGAGUACAUCGCCCCAGAGGUGAUUCUCCGUCAAGGCUAUGGGAAGCCGGUGGACUGGUGGGCGAUGGGAGUCAUCCUGUACGAGUUUCUGGUGGGCUGCGCUCCCUUCUUCGGAGACACACCAGAGGAACUGUUUGGGCAGGUCAUCAGUGAUGAGAUCAUCUGGCCGGAGGGUGAUGAAGCUCUACCUCAGGAGGCUCAGGACCUCAUCGCCCAACUGCUGAGACAAAACCCUCUGGAGAGGCUCGGCACAGGAAGCGCCUUUGAGGUGAAGCAGCACCCGUUCUUCACCGAGCUGGACUGGAACAGCCUGCUAAGGCAGAAAGCUGAGUUCAUCCCCCAGCUGGAGUCUGAGGACGACACCAGCUACUUCGACACUCGCUCUGAUCGGUACCACCACGUGGACUCAGAAGAGGAGGACGACACGAAUGAUGAUGAACACGUGGAGAUUCGACAGUUUUCCUCCUGCUCACCUCGCUUCAGCAAGGUGUACAGCAGCAUGGAGCGUCUGUCCCUGCAUGAGGAGAAGAGGACGCCUCCACCCACCAAACGCAGCCUCAGCGAGGAAGGAGGAGAUCGCAUUGACAGCCUGAGUGGACUCAAGUCCAGGGAUCGAUCCUGGCUGGUGGGAUCUCCAGAGAUACUGCGGAAGCGUCUGUCAGUCUCUGAGUCGUCCCACACUGAGAGCGACUCCAGCCCCCCUCUGACAGUGCGGAGACGCUGCUGCUCCGCCAUCAUUGAGAUGCCGCGCUUUGCCAUCUCCUCCGAGGAGGAAGGAGCUGUAAGUCGUAAGAGUCCCAGCCUGCUGGGUCCGAGUGCAGUGAGGGGUCCACGGAGUGACGAGCUCCCCCUUGCCAUCCCAGAGAUCCCAGUGGAGAGAGAGCUGAAGCUGGACGAGUCUCCCACCACCCCGAGCUCCACUUCCAGCCCACUGAGCAAGGCCACACUCACACCGGGCAGCUCAGGCGACAUCUGUGAACGUGUUAACGGUGGUAACGGCAGCAAUGGUGGCACCAGUGGAGCUGCUAAAGGUGCAUCAGACAGCGACUCUCCAUCGACUCCGAAGGCCAUCAGUGACCUGGCGGCUCGCCGGGCGCGGCACCGGCUGCUCUCAGGGGACACAGACAAACACACGGCAACAGUGAGCUCCAGGCCACUUAACAAGGUCAUCAAGUCGGCCUCCGCCACCACGCUGUCACUGAUGAUCCCCGCAGACCACCAUGGAGCCUCCCCACUGGCCAGCCCGAUGUCACCCCACUCGCUGUCAUCCAACCCGUCGUCACGAGACUCGUCCCCGAGCCGGGACCUGUCGCCAGCCGUCAGCGGCGUCAAACCUGCCAUUAUCAUCCACAGAGCGGGGAAGAAGUACGGCUUCACUCUGAGAGCCAUCCGGGUCUACAUGGGCGACUCCGACAUCUACACUGUGCACCACAUGGUCUGGCAUGUGGAGGAGGGCGGUCCGGCCCAUGAGGCGGGGCUGAGGGAGGGCGACCUGAUCACCCAUGUCAACGGAGAGCCGGUGCACGGUCUGGUUCACACUGAGGUGGUGGAGCUCAUUCUGAAGGGCGGCGCCAAGGUGUCCAUCUCUGCCACCCCGUUUGAGAACACGUCCAUCAAAGUCGGCCCUGCCCGAAAGACGAGCCAAAAAUCCAAGAUGGCGAGACGCAACAAGAAGACCAAGAACAAGGAGGGACAGGACAGUAAGAAGAAGACGUCUCUGUUCAGGAAGAUCACCAAGCAGGCGUCUCUUCUCCACACCAGCCGUAGUCUGUCCUCCUUAAACCGCUCCCUGUCCUCUGGCGAGAGCGGCCCCGGCUCUCCGACACACAACCUGUCGCCACGGAGCCCGACCCAGGGCUACAGGUCCAUACCAGACUCCGUCCACUCAGUUGGUGGAAACUCUUCUCAGAGCAGCUCCCCCAGUUCCAGUGUCCCAAACUCCCCAGCGAGCUCGGGCCACAUCCGGCCCAGCUCCCUCCACGGUCUCGCCCCGAAGCUCCAGCGCCAGUACCGCUCUCCACGCCGAAAGUCUGCCGGCAACAUCCCCCUGUCUCCUCUGGCCCGCACACCUUCACCGACCCCUCAGAGCAGCUCCCCACAGCGCUCCCCCUCCCCGCUGUCCAGCCAUGCUCUGGGCCAGUCCACCGGGGGCCCAUCGUUCCCUGUAAAGCUGCACUCCUCCCCUCCCCUGGUGAGGCAGAUAUCCAGACCUAAGAGUGCAGAGCCUCCACGCUCUCCACUCCUCAAGAGGGUGCAGUCAGCUGAGAAACUGGCUGCCUCCCUCUCUAACCCCCCCUCAUCCCCGUCUGGGGUCGCAGCAGCAGGGGACAAGAAGCUGACGGUGGGAGCAGCUGUAGGGAGUCGUAAACACAGUCUGGACAUCUCCCAUUCAGAGUUUAAGAAGGAGAUUCUGCAGAGGGAGCCGAGCCUGCAGAGCCUCCAGGAGUCAGCCAGCGAGAGUCUUCUGUCCUCAGCAGGACGUGGUGUGGAGAAGGGCAGCCUGCAGAAACACUCCUCCUCUUCCAGGAAGUUAGGACGCCAGGAAGGGGACGGUGCCCUCAGUGUGGUGUCUGGCUCACUGGGCCUGGCCCCCGGGAAGAGCAAGCUGAAGGACAAACUGUCCGCCAUCCGGCAGGACAGAGCAGAGCGGAGGGAGUCACUGCAGAAGCAAGACGCCAUCCAUGAGGUUGAUUCAUCUGAGGACGAGACAGACGAGGGCUCAGAGGACAGCCAGGAGGGACGCAGGGGGGCAACAUUCACCCCUCCUCCCCUGCUGAGGCCCACCACUGUGAGAACAGGCCCUGGAGGCACUCUGCCAUCCCUCUGCCUCUCCCCCUGCACCCCCCAUGCCACAUUCACCCACACAGGACCCUCACAGGUAGGCAGGCCCACUCCCUCGCCUGCUCCCUCCUCCAUUACAGAAACAAAGUCCAGUCAGAGCACCUCCUCUCUGGUCCUAAAGGACAGCAGCUCUGCCUCAUCCACUGAAGACGGAGCACAACAAGAGAGGAAGGUUGUGGAGCCAAGUGGUACCAAACCCACUCAGGGCUCCCUUCCCUUCUCCACUCCAGGCAGUGCCUUCAUCUCAGUCAGCAAGGACACUUUCCUGAAUCCGACUCCUCCACAAGACUCAAAGAGCCAGUCCAGAGCAGAGGACCCUGGAACCACUGCCCCCUCUACAAUGAGCACUGCAAGUAUUCCUGACUGCACAGCCUCCACGAGUACCGCAGCCUCCCGAAUCACCACAAGUACAACAGACUGUCGAACCGCUAACAGCCGAGAUGCUCCCUGCACCUCCCGCUACUCUCCUGGCAUCCCCAAGGAGAAGAAGGACGCCGAUAAUCGGAAACUGUGCGCUGCUGCCGCUGCUGCGAGUCUAAGUGGGUCAUCCUCGUCCCCUUCAAGCUCCAACUCGGGCGCUAGCUCCCCAGUUCCACCCUCUGACAGUGGGGUUGACAAAGUUAUGUCCCAGCUUGCGACAGUAGCUAAGAGCGUUCUGGGUCCUGUCAAACUGAGCGCUCCUGCAGACAAGAGCUCAAAGGACCAGAAACCCUCCAGAGGUGGAACCCCAGAAGUCCCCCACCCUGACCCCCUUUCCUUCCCCUCCAAACAGCUCACAGCCCCUCAGUCACCUCACCUAUCUCCAACCAGGCAGAAAACAGAGCGAGCUGCUUCACCGACCACUUCACAGAGGUCGGCCAAAUCCUCCUCCCAGAAAGACUGCGCAACCCUGGCAACACCAUCCUGCAAGGACGUCACAGCAGGGGCCACAUCAGGGUCUGUAAGUAGGGAGAGCACUGCCACCUCUGCAUCUGCACAGCGGCCGGGUGCAGCAGCUCAGGUCACCCCCAACACAAGCCUCCCUGUCUCUGCAGCAACUGAGCCACAGCGCAAGGCGUCCGAAUCCCAGACAGCAACUAUGGCCAGCGGCACAUCCGCCUCCUCACAACCAGAAAAAGCAACCGGCAAGAAGACGUAGCAGCAAAACAAAAUGUACAGCUCACACCGCUCAGUGCUAGCCGGAGGCUGUAAAACUCACACAAACUGCAUGUUUGGGAGAACACAACAUAUUACUAACUAAUCUGAAAGUAUGACUUUCAAAGGAAGGUGCAGACAGAGAGCUAACAGCAGCACACACAGAUGUGCUGGUCUCAGCUCUGUGCCAGCUGUUCUGUGCUUUUUAUGUUUGUGAGAGUUAAUUUGGUGUCCUGCCGCUUUGGUUCAUGCUUUCAGACUAAAUUCCACGAGGGGUUUCGUUCGUUACCCUUCUGCAGACAUGUCUGGGGCUAGAAAUAAAGAGCUCGCUGGUCCAUGCACAGGCAAGUUAAAGUGUAGGCACAUUUACACACACCACGCAUGUUCCUCAAACAGAUCAGAACAUACCUUGCUGAACAGGCUCUCGUCCUAGAACAACUGCUAACCAUCCCUCACUGGAAAAGGAUUGCAUCUCUGCAGUGAAGUGCAGCUUAAAUUCAUCAGUCUGUGUAAAAGCAUUAGAGUGUUUUUAACAGGAGGGACUCUGCAGUGUCUCUGUACACUCAGCACCCAGCUAAUAAGACCAAAUUUAAUUCUCCCUUUUGCUGUAGCCCCUGCUGAGUUGACACUGCAGCUCUGCAGCUGAGGAGAUGUAUUCCCCGAGCACUGACUGCAGGAGUGGUUCUGCAGACAUUCAGAGAGAUUUGAAUUUCACUGUUGGAUCAGGGUUUAUGUGCAUUUAUCAAAGGACAGAGCUAUGGAAGCUGCCUAAAACUCAAUCAGUGAGCUCAAAGUUUUAGUUCUAAUAUUUGAAAAGCACUGACUUCCUGAAAAGUACAAGCACUUACAUCCAGUCCGCCAUGUGUUUGUUAGCUAAGAUGCCAGAUCAGGUCAGGUUUCAGUUGUUGGCUCCAUUUAGCCCCAGUUUCAAGUUUGCUAACACAUCUUUAUUUAUUUCUACUUGCAGUUUUUAUCAGCAGAGAAUGAUGCUAACUGUCACUUUCACCAGCCCAUAAGAUGGUGAUGCCUGAUUUUACAGUGUGGCUGCUGCAGCUACUGCGUUUUCUGCAAAUGCUCUAAAAGUAUCUAAAAGUAAAUGUUUAUUAAAGGGUUAAACAAAGGGACUUAUUACUGGAUCCAGUAAAGUCCUGUCAAAUCCCAGCCCUAGCAUGUUAGCAUGAGCACAACUAGCUAGGCACGUUGGACAUGUUUUAACUCCGGCCCUGAGAUUGCCAUGCUGCUCACCACUGUUUGGGUUCAGCCACCUGCACAGACCCCCACCCUGAGCUUCAGCUGCAGACCCAGACUGACUGUGGCUCUGUUGGACCACCACCUUUUUAUUUCUAGUCCGCUCGGCCUCUAAAGGCUCCACUUGUUUGUUUGGUAUCUGGACUGACUCACUGUGCUUUUUGCCUCUAAUCCACUUUGUGUGUGUGUGUGUGUGUGUGUGUGUGUGUGUGUGUGU